UAAUAAUAAUAUUUGGGAAAUUCGAAAAUAUACCGUAUUACCCUUUUCACCUAGGAAGUUAGAGCUCUCCCUCCCUUUCACCACACGGAAAGGGGAGCUUUACUCGGAAGAAGGGAGGGGGUAAUGUUCAGAGUACUUCCCCAUGCAUUACCACGCAGCACUGGCACAGCUUCCUAUAUCCACUCACUCCCACACCAACCAAGAACAUUCCGCAGCUUCUCCUCCCCCUUCUCCUGUCUCUCCCCUUUCUCCUCCUCCUCCUCAUCAUCAUCGCCCCUUACAUCCAGAUUCCCUCGUCACUCUCGCUCGACACAUUACCUGCUGCCAGUAGCGGUAGCAAUCUCAGUGUACGUCGUCGCCGAACUCUCAAACCUCGACUUUUCACUCCUGCAUUCCUCACGCUCUCGAGGCUCCUCCUCCUCCUCCUCCUCCUCGCAAGCCAUCUUUUUGACACCCACCAUGUCCACCUCCGGAUCAAUUGCUCCCGGGCGCCCGGAGACGCUUACGAAAGAGGAGGAGGCCAGACUCAAGGAAUUUUGGAACGCGGCACUGAGGGUAUUUGGCGUGGGCGCGCCGGAGGAUUCCGAGUCCCCUUCCCGAACCCCCGCUGCCGUUGAAGAGGAGAACGGCGACUCCGUGGCACCGCACACCUCACCGGACAGGAGGAAGAAGGGAACACUCGGGAGACUACUUAGCCGGAAGGAGAAAGCCGGCCUUCCGAAGAAGGAGACGGCAGUGGCGGCCGACGCGGGCGCCGACACAGUACUUGACGCCUCGGAUGACAAGUAUGGUCACACAAGGGAGUUUAAGGCUGCCUUAGCUUCGCAGACCCCGGCCGAACUGCGGGAUGCGUUCUGGAGCAUGGUGAAAUGUGACGAUCCUGACGCACUGCUGCUAAGGUUUCUAAGGGCGAGAAAGUGGGACGUGGAUAAGGCGCUGGUGAUGAUGGUUGCCACCAUGAAUUGGAGGUCCAAGGAAAUGGAUGUAUGUCGUGCCUCGGCCCCCCGCAUAAGGGCAGUUACUGACGGGACCGUUCCACCAGGUGCAAGCCGUUGUCGGGAAGGGUGAAGGUGGUGCGGCAGCGGAGAAGGACAAUGACUUUAUGAUGCAAUUGCGUCUGGGGAAGAGCUAUCUCCACGGAUUGGAUAAGGAGGGCCGCCCUAUAUGUUUUGUCCGGGUGAGGCUGCACAAACAGGGUGAGCAGAGCGAGGAGAGCAUUGAACGGUACACGGUCUACAUCAUGGAGACGGCUAGGCUGAUGUUACAGCCCCCGGUUGACACUGCCGUAAGCAAUAUUCCCACGAGUUAUGCAAAAACACCAGAACUAACUUUAAAAGGCGGUCGUCUUUGAUAUGACUGGAUUUUCCAUGGCGAACAUGGUAAGAACCCCUAACCCCGCGAGGGAGGCUGGGAGAGGCCUAACUUGUAUAGGAUUACGCCCCUGUAAAAUACCUAAUCAAAUGCUUCGAAGCCCACUAUCCCGAGAGCCUUGGAAUCUGUCUCGUCCACAAAGCCCCGUGGCUAUUUUCAGGCAUCUGGGUAAUUACAUUCCUCACUCGGUCCCUUCCUACCGUAACCCCACGAUACUAAUGCCCCGAUCCCACAGACCGUGAUCAGGGGCUGGCUCGAUCCCGUCGUUGCCUCCAAAAUCCACUUUACCAAAACAACCGAAGACAUGGAAGCCUUCAUCCCGAGAGAAAACAUCCCUAAAGAGCUUGGCGGCAGCGAAGACUGGACCUACACAUAUGUAGAGCCAAUCGCGGACGAGAACGCCCCGUUAGAAGACGGGGCACGCAGAAACGCGCUUCAGUCCGCGCGCGGAGAUCAGAUUCGCGGAUACGAGACCGCGACGCGUGCGUGGAUCACUGGCGGCGAAGCGGGAGAGAACGCUGCAGCGGAGCGUAAAGCUAUCGCUAAGAAGCUGGCCACCGGGUAUUGGGAGAUGGACAGGUACUUGCGCGCCAGGACUGUAUAUGACCGCACUGGUGUGCUGUCGCCGAAUGGAAAGGUGGACUUUUAUGACUAUAGGAAGAAGCCUGGUGCGGUGGAGACUUCGGAGGACGACAUUGAUUAGGCUGAUUUUUUCGAUGGUUUUCCUUUUUACUUUCCCCCCCUUUUUCUUCCCCCGCGUCCGGAGGGAGGGGAGAAAGGGUAAUGAGGCUCCAAAGUUUUUGAGUAGACUAAUCUCACGGUUUGCAGGGUUGGUGGCGGGGUUAGAUAUCAUAGAAGGGGGGUUUUUUUUUUUGGUUUAUUUAGAGGGAAGGUUGCAUCGUAUGAUACUUCUGGAAAUCUGGGGUGGGAGAAACCAGUGAUGUCUGAUUAAUAUUUGAAACCACACAAUGCACCGUAUAAAUUGCGCUUGUGGGUAUGUAAGGAUAUAGGCGCUUUUUUAAAAUAAAAAUAAAAAUAAAAGGGACGAAUACCACGCCAUGAUCUAGCCAACCAGCCAAACAAUAUACAGUAAAAUAGAAACGAUGUGCGAAACAAGUUUAUGCCGCCAGUCUGUACCUAUCGGCCCUUCCAGCAUUCAUACCCCUCGACCACCUAUCCCGUCUACCCCCCCUCACCCUCACCC